AUGCAGGCCAUGCCCGAUGCCCAGCCGAAACAAGUCAAGCAACAUCCCCCUCAACGUCAAAAUCCGCACCAUCCUCGUAAUCAUCGCCCAAUUAAUCAAAAUAAUCCAAGAAUAGGUCUCAAUAAACAGCCGCAUCAUGGAUCUAGAAGUUCGAAGAAAGUAUGUUCUAGGUGUACUGAUCCCAUUACUCAAGGAAGUCGACAAGGAAAAACUACUUUGAAAGCUCUCGGUAAAUAUUAUCAUGAAGACUGUUUUACGUGCGCAGAUUGUGGGAAGUUUUUAAAACCUAAAUAUUUCCCUUAUGAAGUGGCAAAGACUAAGGAAACCGUAUUAUUGUGCCAAUACGAUUACUUCAGAAGGCAUAAUUUAUUAUGUCAUGUUUGCGAUAAACCACUCCGUGGGUUGUAUUAUACGGCAUUUGGUGAGAGAUACGAUGAGGAACAUUUUUCAUGCACAAUUUGUGGGACACCCUGCGGUGUUAAAAAAUGCUUUAUGUUUCAAGAUCAAUUGUAUUGCAAAUAUCAUUUUCUCAAAUAUUUCUCUAAACGCUGCAGUGGAUGUCAUUAUCCAAUUUCCGAUCAAUAUAUCGAAUUUCCCAAAGGCGAGGAAAUUUAUACUUGGCAUCCAGAAUGUUAUGGUAUUCAUAAAUAUUGGCAUGUCAAUCUAUCAGCAGAAACGUUAGGAUUACCAUCUUUUCCGACCGUUAAAUUUGAAAAGGAUAAUCCAAAAGAUUCAGAUUUGAAUCCACUGCCGACUGAUUUGGAAAAGCAGAUGCAGGCUUUUAAUUCUAUUUUAUCGAAAACUUGGUCUGUGCUCUACAAAUAUGAAGAAGAAACUGCUGCAUGUAUAUCAGAUAUGUUCCAAUAUUUGGCAAAUUCUAAUCAAUUACAAGGUAUCGCUUCCACUGCAUUGUUUGUCUUAAAAGUGGAAUGUCUCUUUAAAGCACUAGGAUCCGUUGAGAAUUCGAAUAUUGAAAUUUCCCCGGUCUUGGGUCGUCAUAAACUUUCGCUAACAGCUCCUGAGACUAACAACAGUAAUGAAAAUAUGAAUUUAAAAUACAGCAAAUUCCCUCGUAAUCUUUCCACCAAAAUCAUGAUUUAUUUACAACUAUUAAGAAAAAUGGGUUCAGAACCUCGUGAUACUAAAGUUACCGUCUCAUCUUUCAUGUCAGUGAUUACUGGAUUAACCCAUUUUUUGAAGCUUUUGACACGUUACGGUCUUUACAAUGCCCUUGAAGGGAAUCGACAAAUGCGUUCUCCAAAUUCAUUGGUAAGGUUUUUACGUGAAGUAGAAAAAAACGAACUUUUUGAGGGUGAUCCAUUUUCAUUUAUUGAUGUUUCCAUUAAUGCUACCGAUAAUUGUGCAUCUUGUGGGAAAUAUAUUCAAGAGGAUUGUAUCCAGUACCAUGAAAAAAGAUGGCAUCUGCAUUGCUUUUAUUGCUCCUCUUGUCAACAGAGGAUUCAACCACAAGAUAAGGGUGAUGCCACUUAUAAUAAGGACUCAAAUCGUAUUUUGUGUUCACAUUGUUCGGUAGAAGAUCCUAUGUCGUUACCUGGUUUCAACUAUGUGACCAAAUUAGCGCAACUAAUAUUCCUUCUGAAGAUCGCUUUGGUUCGAUCCAAGGCAGUUCUUGAAGUUCAAUUAAAGACAAAAGCUGUAAAGAAGGAUGGCAAUGAUGCCAACCAAUCGAUGUUGAUGCAACAAAUAUAUAUCAGAACCCUUAACGAUAUUAAGAGGUUGAAGUCAAGACGAGAAUAUGUCCAAUUGGAACGUGAUAAGUCAGAAGCUAGAAAAUCUGUCAUCCUAGAGACCACAGAAUCUGAUGUUAAUUUGAAGCCUUCAGAUAAAAACAAAGGAUUGGUAAUUAAAACAGAACCAGCUAGUUCCCUUGAUAGUAGUUCAGGGAAUGUUUUUAGCAACACUAAGACUUUAACUUUAGAUGAUAUUUCCAGAAUUGUGGCCGCGGAACAGGCAAGAGAGUUGAGACCAAACGCAUUUACAUAUUUCAAAAAAUUGAAAGAAAGCGAUGAUGAUGACGUGGGUGUCCUUGCAAAGAAAAGCGGUGUCUAUUAUUCUGAAUUGAGCACCGUCGAAUUGAAUUUACUAAGAGUAAUAAGUUUAUCUCUCUUGGUGUUGGACAAAAGAAUAGUUACUGAAGAAUUUGAUCCAUCUCAUUUGGGACCUUUCAUUUUGAAAGAUGAAAAAUCGAGUCCCUCAAAUAGCUUUUGGUGGAGAAUGAAAAACAAGAUGAAUAAAGAACAAAGAAGACAGGAUCAACCUUUGAAGGUGUUUGGCACACCGUUGGAUAUUUUGUCCGAAAAAUUCGGAGUUGAGUCAGAUCUCGGUGUAGGACCCUCUAAGAUUAGAAUACCGAUUAUUGUGGACGAACUUAUCUCAUCGCUUAGGCAAAUGGAUAUGUCUGUGGAAGGUAUUUUCAGGAAAAACGGUAACAUUAGGCGGUUGAAAGAAUUGGCAUUAUUCAUCGAUAAUAAUCCCGGUGAGACACCCGACCUAUCUAAAGAAAAUGCGAUUCAAUUGUCCGCACUGUUGAAAAAAUUUAUCAGGGAACUACCGGAUCCAUUGUUAACCACUUCGUUAUACAAACUAUGGGUUAAUGCGGCCAAACUGGAAGAAGAGCAUGAAAGACAAAGAAUUAUCUAUUUAAUUUACAGUGUUCUUCCUGAAAACAACAGAAACGUGCUUGAAGUCCUACUUUCAUUUUUAUGUUGGACUGGCUCAUUCUCUCACAUGGAAAAUGAAGUGGGAUCCAAGAUGGAUAUUCACAAUCUUUCCACAGUGAUAACGCCAAAUAUUCUUGGGCUACCUGAUGACGGUGUACCUCAAGGACCAUCUCCUGAAGUACCUGAUCCUGUUUACGAUACGUUUGCUCAAAAUGAAGGUGGGCAUUACUUUUUGGCCAUUGAAGUGGUGGAUUUCCUCAUUACGCGCAAUGAAGAUAUGGGUAUAGUCCCCAAAUUUUUAAUGUCGUUGAUGAGGGAUGUGCAGGACAAGAAAUUGGACGAAUUCGAAUCGAUUCAAAAGUACAUUCAUGAGAAAGUAAAGUCCAAGAGCGUAGACUUCUCAGAGUUUGAAGUGGAUAGAACGGUUAAGAUGAAGCAUUCUACAUCUGUGGUAACGCAAGGUGAUACUAAUAACUAA